CACAGAGUCGUGCGUGUGAGGUACGACGUAUAAGCGGAAGAGGUCUCCUUAAGCAGUUUAUUUUGAAGAAUCCUCCUCGUUUGGACGGAUCUAGUCUGAAUUUUUUGUCCCUUCCCGGUGUUUCUUCUUCAGUUCAUAUUUUCUUGUGACCCUCGGAGUGAGACUUCAUAGAUCAAUCUGCCAGCGAGUAUGGAAACAGAAGAAGAUGCUCCUCCUCCAAAGCAGCAGCCUAUGAUAUACAUCUGUGGAGAAUGCCACAAAGAAAAUGAGAUAAAAGCAAGAGACCCUAUCAGAUGCAGAGAAUGUGGUUACAGAAUAAUGUAUAAGAAAAGAACAAAAAGAUUAGUUGUAUUUGAUGCCCGAUGAAGAGAACAGAAGAUGCAUCUAAUUAAUCUGAACUUAUGUUUAUUCUUCAUGUAUUGAUUUUGUUUAAGCAAGUACAUUCUCCCAUUUUGGUUCUUGCAAUAAAAUUGUAUCCAAA